UCGCUGUUGAUCCUCUGCUCUUCAACACGAUAGAUUUGAUGCUGAUGUGGCUCAGAAUGGCUCCUGCUCUUCAUCUGAUCUUUCUGCUCAUCAUUCACAGGGUUUCUGCUGCUGAUUGGGGUGUGAAUUACAGUCCUUCACAAUACUGUGCACUACAGAACUCAACAAUGACAAUCAGCUGCACUUUUAUAUACCCGACUACUGGAUAUCAGAUCAUGAAAGCAUUCUGGAACAUAGACCAGGUAAAACCUGAUGGAGUAGAGUUUGCAGAUCUGUCUGUGAACCCUGAAUACAGUCAGAGGCUUCAGUAUCUGGGAAAUAAACAGCAGAACUGCACCGUCAGACUGAGUCAUGUGACAAAGAAAGAUGAACACGACUAUCUUUUCAGAUUCACUACAAAUGUAACUACUGGGAAAAUUAUUGGUAUUCCAGGAGUGGUUCUCUCUGUCACAGAUCUUCAGCUGGAGUCUCCUGAGAGAGUGACAGAGGGAGAUUCAGUCCGUCUGACAUGUAGAAGCAGCUGUAAACUGACUGACACACCAACAUUCAUCUGGUACAGAAACUCACACACAUUGACUAAUAUUGGAGAUGAACUCAACAUCAGUCCAGUCAACAGAACAGAAGCAGGACACUACAGCUGUGGUGUGCAGGGACAAACCUACAUCUCUCCUGCUGUUUAUCUCAAUGUCACAUAUCCUCCAGAUACUCCUGUGAUCUCCAACAGAUCUGCUGUGAUAAUGUCUGGAGAUUCAGUGACUCUGAACUGCAGCAGCGACUCAAACCCUCCUGCAGAAAUCAGCUGGUAUAAAGCAAAUAAAUCUCUGAGUUCUGGAAGAAUCUUCAACAUCUCCAAGAUCAGCUCUGAUGACAGUGGAGAAUACAAGUGUAGAGCCAGAAAUGACCAUGGAGAGAAAUACUCUGAUCCUGUGACUUUAGAUGUUCAGUACCCACCCAGGAACAUCUCAGUGUCUAUGAACAGAUCUGCUGUAAUAAAGGAGGGAGAUUCAGUGACUCUGAACUGCAGCAGCGACUCAAACCCUCCUGCAGAAAUCAACUGGUAUAAAGGAGAAAUGGUUGUUCGAUCUGGAAGAAUCUUCAACAUCUCCAAUAUCAGCUCUGAUGACAGUGGAGAAUACAAGUGUAGAGCCAGAAAUGAGCAUGGAGAGAAAAACUCUGAUCCUGUGACUUUAGAUGUCCAGUAUCCUCCCAGGAACGUCUCAGUGUUCGUCACUGAUUCUGGUCAGCUUUUUUCUGAUUCAGUGAGUCUGAUGUGCAUCAUUGACUCAAACCCUCCUGCUCUGAGCUUCAGCUGGUUUAAGGAGAAUCAAAGCUCAGCUGUUGGAUCUGGACAGAGUUUCAGUGCAGUACAGAGUGGACGCUUCUACUGUGAGGCUCACAAUCCACAUGGAGCUCAGAGAUCAGACGCCGUCACUGUCACUGUUCAUCAACAUGCUGAGAGAAACAUCAUCAUCACAGCGACAUCUGUAGGAGUAUUAAUCAUCAUCAUUGUCGUUAUCAUAUUUGCAAUUCAUUUUAAAAGGAAGAGCAGAAGAUCUGCAGGGAAAGAGUCUGCGAACUCAGACACAUAUGCAGGUCUGGAUCUCCAGUCCGCGACCUCUGACCUGUACAACACACUCACAACCGUUCACCACAGACCUGCUGAAAACUCCUGCUCCACUCUUGAUCCUCAGAGCUCUUCUGAACAUCACAAUCCACCAAUCAACAGGAGGAGGCUGCAGUGAGAGGCGGAGCCAGAAAUCACCAAUCCUGAGAUGUGCGGGCGGAGCCACGGGUGAUUGACAGGGAUCAUUAGUGAUGUCAACAUGUAACAGUGGUGUUGAAACUGUCUAUAAAGUUAUUGGAUUGGUUUUAUGCAGAAAUAUUAGGAUAGUGAAGGGGAAAAGCAAUGUUUAAAGGUGUGAUGGAAUCUGUCAUAAUUUAUCAUUUUACACUCAAUAGGCUCUAUCAUACACUUGGCAAUUUGCUAGUGUCAGCCUGGCACAGGUAUCAUUUUCACGUUUUGCACAAUGUUGUUUAUGUAGCGAAUACAUUUGUGCUCACAUGUGUGUGCUGGUCUGUGGAGGUGUGUUAAGGCUCAGUGUUGGCACAUUGCUGUUUCUUAGACAUCAACUGAAAGCUGCUCUAAAGUUAAUUACUUAAAGAGCAUGUUAUUGUUAUGCCCCUAUGCAUGUUGUAACAGUUAAAUGUUACUAUUAUUAUUGUCUGGUUUAUUUAUUUAUCUUUUUGCAUUGUGUAUUGUUUGGCAUGUUGACAUGCAAUACUGCUUCUGACCGCCGGGGGCGCUAGGUUAAUUUGCACUCUUAUAAAGAGCCACUUACCAUAGAGUAAGAUGGGGUGUUUGGUAGAGUGGACACCACAUGGAUCACUUUCGCUAUCGGCAUUCACAUUCAGUCCAAUGUUUGAGAACUAUUGAAGUUAUCGCUCAAUUAAAGGACUGUUUAUAUGUUGCUAUCCUUGUGCGUCUUUUGGCUUGCUGUUCUCACUGGGAGAUGCUAAGAUUAACCAACUUCUUGGAGAGCAACAUAUUCUCACUCAACAGAGGGCAACUUGACUGCUUUCCUACACACAACGACAGUCUCUUUUCUAAGAAGUGACAGGACAUCAGAGGGAAUUAUUGCAUCAAGUGCUCUUAAUGAUAAGUGGUCAUUGACUUUUUUUUCAGAAAAACUGUUUAGUGUCUGACUUUGGAAUGUCUUGUUUAUUUUUGUUGUGAUUGUUGUUUUGCUUGUUUAUUUGAUGAGAAAACUAUACACGUGGGUAAAAUAUAAAGAGUUUACACUUGCUAUAA